AUAAACUUUCCCCGUGAGAAGAAUGGAGAACUACGCUGCGAUAAGACGGCGCAUAUUGUUUACUAUUAGCCUAUCGAACUACUUUAAGAAUAAAAGCUACCUCGGUAUACAAGCUUCGUAGAUAAAAAAAGAUAGUACUCUUAUAGUCGAUAAGAAUACUUUAACUUAUAGUUAGACUAUUACAAAACAUCAAAUAUGGCCUCUCAACCCUUCACCCUCAAGUGGGGUAUUAUGGCCACCGGUGGCAUUGCUCAGACUUUCACCAAGGACCUACUUGCCAAUCCCGCAAGGCGUGAUGUCCACGACGUCGCUCACAAGGUGAUCGCAGUCGCGUCCUCAUCCUCCAAGGAGAGCGCCACAUCUUUCCUCGAAAAGGUCAAGGCCCCAGAAGGCGCCAGAGCGUAUGGUUCUUACGCCGAGUUGGUAAACGACCCGGACGUCGAGAUCGUCUACGUCGCAACUCCCCACAGCCAUCAUUUCCAGAACACUAUGCUAGCUCUGGAAGCCGGUAAGCAUGUUCUGUGUGAGAAGGCUUUUACAGUCACCGCUUCCCAGGCGCGGAAGCUGGUUGAAACUGCCAAGGCCAAGAACCUCUUCCUGAUGGAAGCCGUCUGGACACGGUACUUCCCUCUCAGCAUCAAGAUCCGAGAACUAGUACGGUCCGGAGCCAUUGGCCCCGUAUAUCGAGUUAUUGCCGACAACUCAUUUGGCUGUGACGGACCAAACGGCACCCUAACAUUCCCCAACGAGCACCGAAUGGUGAAUCCGGACCUAGCAGGCGGCGCACUACUAGACCUAGGAAUCUACUCCCUAACAUGGCUCUUCCAAAUCCUCUACCACCUGCAGCCCGAGCCCGAAAAAGAAGCCCCCCACACCAUCGCCGCCAUCAACAAGUACUCGACCGGCGCCGACGAAUCGACUAACAUCAUCCUGCAGUUCCCCAAGCACAAGAGCAUGGGGAUCGCCAUGACGACCCUGCGCCUCGCCACCAACACCGACGGCCAGAACAGCGGCGGCCCCGCCAUCAAGAUCCAGGGCGGCCUCGGCGAGAUCCACGUCAUGGGCCCCGCCUACUCGCCCCUGCAGUACAAGAUCGUGCGCAAGGACGGCGGCGGCAAUGUCGAAGUCGUCGAUUGCCCGAUCCCGAAGGACCCGGAGCGCGAAGGCUGGGGCCACGGCAUGUUCUGGGAGGCGGACGAGUGCGCGCGAUGUCUGCGCGACGGCAAGAAGGAGAGCCCUACUAUGCCGUGGUCCGAGAGUAUCGUUAUCAUGGAGGUUAUGGACAAGGCGCUUAAGCAGGGCGAUGUCAAGUACCCCGAUGUGAUUACGACCGAUGUGUACGACCCGAAGAGCCCGCUGAAUACCGGGGCUAAGUAUUAGCUUCCCCUCGGGAUGGGCCGUAAGAUUGCGGGUUGGAGGCUGGUGCUAAUAGUAAUAGAACUAUAGAACUACGUUGCUCGUAACUCUAAAAUUUAGACACGAGAUGCGGUCUCCUAAUUUAGCAAAUUCCAAACAUAAUAUGUCCAAAAUGCAUUUCUGGAU